AGCCACUCCUCCAGUCCCUUCCCCCGCCUCCAAAUUGCCAGCCCUUCCUUCGGCAUAUAAAGUCCUUGACCUCCUCGUCUUCGUCCUCCUCCUUCCUCCGCUUCUUGAAAAAAAUUCCCCUGCAGGACGCCACCCUGCAACAGAAAAGUACAAGAAAGAAAAACCCUCCACACUAGAGAUGAGGCUAUUAACCCAUAACAUGCUUUCAUCAAACAUCAAGGGUGUAACGAAUGGGUUUCCCCUAAGGAUUGAAGUGGAGAAAGUGGUGGAGAAGUCAGUGGAUUUCAACCCCGAUUUCCUCAAGAACAUGCUUGCCAAGAUUGAGUACAAAGCCCUCGUGGAAGCUUCCAGAAUCAUGGGCUAUGCGGAGUUGCCCGACCACGCCGAGCCGUCCAUGUUGGAAUCUGAUGAUUUUCUUCGGAAGUUUCACCAUGCCUUAAUGGAGCUUCAUUUGGAAGAGGGUACUUUGGUUUGCCCUCAAACUGGUCGCAAGUUUCCUGUUAAUAAAGGGGUUCCUAAUAUGCUCCUCCAUGAGGAUGAGGUCUGAUUUUUUUGGAUCUGUCUUUGAUGACAGGGGAUCAGGGUUUAAGGGACUUUGGAUUAUGAGAUGUAAUUGGUGUAAUGAUGUUAUUGAUGGAGAAUUUGUAGCCUCUUUUGCUGGGAAUCCUUCUUCAUCCAAGUCUUUUGUGAUCCAUUCUCCUGUUUAGCAAAUAUUAAUAUUUAAUAAUCUUUUGUUUUCUGAGAGUACGGGUUUAAUUGUUGAGUAAUUAAAU